GUCUACUUUUGGAGGUGUGCUCAUUUACCCAAGCUCCUCCUCUAUGAGUCAACCUGCUCUCCUUCCUUAUGACCCUUCAGCACUUUAACUGCUGCUGCCAUUUUUCUCUGCUGCCUGUUUCCUUCACACAUCAAAAGCAAAAUGGCGUCCGGAGCUAAAUGCACUGACAGAGUGAAAUCGAUCUACAAUGAAAUGAAAGUGGUCAAAAAUGAUGCUGAUCAGAACAAACGCAUUCGAUUGGUGGUAUUUGGCUUCAUCAACAAUGACAUUGACGUGGAGAAGGUUUACCUUGAGGAAGAUCUGGUGGGCCAGGAUGUCUUCAAGUUUUUCCAGACUAUGCUGCCACCCGAUAGCUGCCGCUACGUGCUGUAUGACUGCCACUAUGAAACCAAGGAAUCAAGCAAAAAGGAAGAACUGGUCUUAGUGGUGUGGUGUCCAGAAACUGCAAAAAUCAAAGAAAAAAUGUCCUACGCUAGCUCAAAGGUUGCUCUUAAGAAGGUCAUUACGGGUGUGAAGCACGAUCUGCAGCUGAAUGACCCUGCGGAUUUCGAAAGCAGGGAUUGUUUUGCUGAAAAAUUAUCAAAAGACAUUCUCUUACUUGAGGGCACAGCAGUUAAUCCCAUGUCUUGAGUCCCAGUGUGACAAUCACAAUUAAAGCAGACUUUGUGUUUUGGAUUGGUUCAACAAAGGGUUUGUGCUCUAAUAAACUAAUCAGUCACAACAGUCUGGCUGUGAAACUAGGCUUGUUCAGAUUUGUAUUCAUUCUUUGACUUAUCUAUACAUUCACAUAUAGGUACAUGUAUAUUUCUAAAGUGUUUAUGUACUUAAACGUGGCUUAAAAAACAAUCAUACUCCAGUAUAAACCAUUUGUCUUCCUUUUUUGGAUUGAUUACUAAUGACAUGUGGACAUUAUGUUUUUCCAGACUGUUACAUUUUGAUGGCCAUCUAUAAAUAGUACAAUUUUAGUCUCACUGAAAAUGCAGCAAUUGUUGCACUGUCAGAGUAUUGUCAAAUAAAUUUUCAGCGCAACCAAAA